AUGCGAUUGCAGCUGGAAAAAGGAAUGUGAAUGUACCAUGAAUUUGGGAACAAUUGCAGCGCCAGGGAGAGAAAUCCGCUUGUCCAGGACUGGUUUGUACUUUCUGCGAGUGCAGAUCGGCAGAUGGCAGGAGCUAUGAGGCAAGGCAACUUCAGCCUUCGUGCCUUCUACGUAUGAAGGGUUGUUAACCUUGAUCCGUGCUUCAAUCCAUUUCUCUUCGCAUCUUCACGCCAAACCACACCGCUACCAUCGCCCACCAACGCCCCAAAUAUCCACCAGAGUGUCGCCAUCUUCAUCCCGACUCUGAGUCUACCGAGAAAGAUACCGUUUUCGUAGUAGAACGCAUCCCAGGGAUAGGACGCUCCCUUCAAAUAUGGCAUCGAAUGUUCUAUCCUCCUAUGGGUCAAUUUCAAUUACGGUGUCCGGGGUCAGUGGGGGUGACGACCUCGACUCACGAAAGCCGACCUCUGAGGAAACCGAGAAUAUUCAGAACAGCGAUGGAACAUUCAACAAACCGAAGAUGGAUGCAUUGGAGGAUAGUCUGUCUCGCGAAAUACGAAAGCACGAUCAAGUUGUCGAGGACACGGUCGAAGCUCUGGAGGGGAACAGCCCGGUUACGUGCCAAGAUCCCGCACCUCGACGUCCGGUCCAACAAGGCCAACCAAACAUAAAUCAAACAAAUCCACCCAACCCUACUUCAUUAGUACAUACUGGAGCGCUCAUUGUCCCAGCGCCAUCGCCGACGUUCGGGUCACAACAAUCUGCGUACUCUGCGAAUCCAAUGUCCCAGCCGACCACGUACAUUCCAGCAGAGCAAUUAUCUCUCCCUGCCAAUUUUCUCGGGCAAAGAAUUGGAUACUUCAUUGGCAAGGCAACCAACAAAUUGUUCUACAAUGCAUUGUGUACAACGAGUCAUUCGACAGGUCCUGCCCCAGAAUGGGCUGUUGGCCAACGGGCUGCUGCGGCUGCUGCGCCGAUCGUCAGUGCCUCAGCCAGUUUUUUCGCACUCGAAUUUGGUAUUAAUUACGGUCAGUCCUCUAUAGUUGGGAAUGUGGCUGCCCCACUGGCAGAGGAAGUCACGGCCCGCUAUGUUUCUUCGGACCCGGACGUCAUACGCCUACUCGGACGUUGUGUGAAAUCUGGGAUUGCGGCUACUGUUGGUCAGGACAUCGCAUACUUGGCUAUUGAGUUUAUGACAACAGAGUAUGGCGAGCGAGGCCCAAAUGCGCAAGAGUGUUAUGCUAUGGGCAUUCCUUAACAUCGGAGAUAAGAUGAAUGUUCAAUCUCAACAGGGACAUUAGGUUUGUUUCAAUGUUCUUGAUUGGUACGAGACAUUGGGAUCGAAAUUGGGCUAUUGGGGGUGAGAUGCGUGUACGAGUUCAACAGGGACAUCGACUUUCAAUGUUCUCGGUUACUUUGGGACAUCGAGAGCCGGGUUGGGGGAGUAGUUUUGUACAUCGAUAAACUACGAUCCCUUUUGUCUCCGCGGUGUCCUUACAAAAAUGAAUCGUUUUCUAUCU